UGAAACAUACCUUCUCAAACAGCUCUAGCAAUAUAGUCUAUUUCUAUCAUAUAAUAAUUAUCCCUUCACACGAAAAUAAGUUAGAGGAACUAAGAAGAAAAAAAAAACAUAUGGCUGGUAACAAUAGUAGUAGUGUUAAUGUUUAUGUAAAAUCAUCAAAUGAGUUUGGUGAUUCAUUAUCAUCAGCUGGUGAUGGUCGCCACUGGGAAUUAUUCCAUAAGAUUAAGCCUUAUUUGCUAAUGGUGGGGUUGCAGUUUGGUGCGGCUGGAAUGUACAUAACUAGCAUGGCUACUCUCAAUCAUGGCAUGAAUCGCUACGUACUUAUCGUCUAUCGUAAUGCUGUUGCAGCGCUCGUUCUUGCUCCUUUUGCACUCAUUUUCGAAAGGAAAAUAAGACCAAAGAUGACACUCCCCAUCUUCCUCCAGAUAAUGGCACUGGGAUUCUUAGAGCCAAUUAUUGAUCAAGGAUUUGGGUACCUUGGAAUGAAAUACACAUCGGCAUCAUACACAUCUGCGAUAAUGAAUGCCGUGCCUUCCGUCACAUUUCUCAUAGCAGUCGUUUUCAGGAUAGAGAGAAUAAGGAUUAAGGAGAUAAGAAGUCAAGCAAAGGUGAUAGGAACCAUAGUGAGCUUCUCAGGGGCUUUACUAAUGACACUGUAUAAAGGCCCAGUGGUUGACCUGUUUUGGACCAGGACCACAGCCCACCAAUCAACUGAUCUCACCCAUUCCUCUGAUAAAAACUGGGUCCUCGGCACUAUUUUUAUUCUCAUUGGCUGCGUUGCCUGGUCCUGUUUCUACGUUUUACAAUCAAUUACGGUGAAGAAGUACCCGGCAGAACUGUCUCUGUCUACAUUGAUAUGCUUGUCUGGUGCAUUGCAAAGCACAGCAUUAGCCUUAGUUGUGGAACAUCACCCAAGUGCUUGGGCCGUAGGUUGGGACUCCAGGCUACUUGCUCCUCUCUAUACGGGAAUUGUUAGCUCUGGAAUCACAUACUACGUGCAAGGCCUAGUAAUGAAAACUAGAGGCCCAGUAUUCGUGACAGCAUUUAAUCCUCUUUGCAUGGUCAUCGUUGCCAUCCUUGCAUCAAUCAUCCUUGCUGAGAAAAUUCACCUUGGAAGUGUGAUUGGAGGGAUUAUAAUAACAAUAGGGCUAUAUUCGGUGGUGUGGGGCAAAAACAAAGAUUAUUCCAAGUCACAGCAGGGAAGAGAGGUAUUGAUGAUAUCGCCCUCCUCAGUAGUACAAGUAGUAACUCAUAAUGAACAGAAGCUCCCACUGAGUAAUAAUGUUGGGACAACAGUUGACAUUGCUGCCAACAAGAGCGACCAACAAACUCCUACAACUCAUCAUCAACCAAAUUAGUAUAUAAUAUAUAUUUAUAGAUAUUCCACCAAUAUUAGUGCGCAAUCUUCAUCAUAAUUAUAUAAUGUAUAUACUAAGUGCUACCUUAGUCAUUAUAUAUAUAAAUAUAUAUAUAUAUAUAUAUUCUAUGUAAUCCAUGGCCCACCGAUCUAUCUCUCUCCAUUUUCUUUUUCCAACAAAAUAAAUCGGUUAUGUGAUAACUUUUUCUAGCUAGAGAGCGACUUGUGCAACAUAUACUGCUACUGCUAGCUAGCUAGUAUGAUAUUAUUUGCUAGUUUCUGAGUUGUA